CGGAGCUUGAGCGCGAUCACCAUCAUAGAAUAGAAGCUUUGGCACUAUUCCUCCCACCCCAACCCAGACACGGCCCACCUCUGUUUCAACUUUGUGAUCGCAUCAGAAUUCUCGCAAAGGCACUCUUACUGCGACUCUAGAACCAAUCCUUUUCCGCUUGAAUUCACGGUUUCGAAGUCACCUCUUCUGCCCUACAUCCAUCCUUUCGUCGCCGAGGAUCUAUCCUACUGGGUCGCCAGUCAACGCUCCCCGCCUAGGUCCUGAAAGGGACAUGUUAAUUAAUGUUCACCUGAACUGCCAACAUGUCCCCUCUUCGAGGCUAUAUCACAUCCUACCCGCCACGAGUGCGCCAGUAUAGUAACGCGCUUCUCACGCCCGUCUUUCCUACCAACCAAACCGGCCCCACGCCGCGAACCACGAAACGAGGGACCACCGCGAUCAACUACGCCGAAGAUGGCUUCGAUGACGAGGACUUCGAUGACAGCGAGGGUCCGCGCCGACCAACGGGGUUAAGGAGUCUGCGACGGGAGGAGUCCACGUUCGAGAAGGCCCCUUUAACAGAGAAGCUGGGGAAAGAGAUCCACGCCCCUGUUGAAGUCCAAGGGGUGUUUCGCGACUGGAUGAUCAAAAGGAUGUUGCGGCCUACAUGUGCCGACCAGUUACAAAUCCAAGCGCAAUUGCCUCUGACCCUGAUACCCAUCCGGAUUGACUUGGAAGUACCGGCGCAUCAGCCCAUCGAGCCGUUUCCCCUUCCGCGGUCGAUCAUGGAUCCUGCGAUCAACUCCACCCUGCCUGCGUACAGGCGACCGGACCCCCUACCCGCCUACCGCAUCAAGGACACCUUCCUGUGGAAUCUGCACGAAGCGCUCGCCACGCCCGAAGAAUUCGCCAUUGGGUUCGUUCGCGAUAUGGACCUGCCAAACCCGCAGGUCAUGACCAUGGCAAUCAGCAACCAGAUUCGCCAGCAAUUAGAGGAGUUCGCUGGGGUGGCGCUGCAUCCGCUUUUCCAAAGCACCCAGCCGAAGCCUACCAGCGCCUCGCAGGCUGGCAUCUCGCGGGACGUGUCCGUGUCCGCGACGCCGAUUCCCGCUCGGCCUGUUACUCCUGAUAACAGAGCUAAGCCCUUAACGGGAACGAAGGAGCCGUUGGUAAACGACAGUAUCUUAAACCCGGACGAUGCAUACAGAUGUAUGAUCCACCUCAAUAUCAACCUGCAGAAUAAGCUGUACACGGAUAAGUUCGAGUGGUCUCUCCUGCAUCCGCCGGGUAUGCCCGAGGAGUUCGCCAAGAUUACAUGCGCUGAUCUGGGUCUCGGCGGAGAAUGGGUCGGGGCGAUCGCGCACGGGAUCUACGAGGCCGUCCUGAAACUGAAGAAGGAGGUCUGCGAGAGCGGCGGCCUCAUCAGCGGAAUCGGCGGCUACGGCAACGAAAUCGACAACCAGGCCGCUAACGGCGCGGACGCCGGGUGGCGGUACGAUCCCGAGGGGCUCGGCGACGAGUGGGAGCCCAAGGUGGAACACCUGUCUAAGGAGGAGAUCGAGAAGCGAGAGGGUGAUCGCGAGCGCCAGAUCAGACGCCUCCGGCGAGAAACCGCCCGGUUCUCAUCCACGGCCGGCAUUACCCCGGAUAUCUCGCGGCAAGGGAGCGGCUACUUCGACAUGGACAGUGAGACGCCACUCGGUAGAGGCGAGCGCAGCAGACGGAAGCGGCGGUUCCGCAGCUUGAGUCCGUCUGGCAGGGGUGGUACGCCCGGUGGACGAGGAACCCCAGAUACUGGGUCAGGGGCCGGCUAUGGCGGUGGUGGUGGUACAUUGACAGACUGGGAACGGCAAAAUUGGAGGUGCAGUAACUGCUUGGUAUGGGGCACUGCCGUUUGGGCUGUUCGAGAUGGCCCUGCUGGUCCACGGUCGCUGUGCCACAACUGUGGACUUCUAUACGAACGGGACAAGGUUGCUCCUGAGUGGUCGAGAGAUCUACACCGUCAUGAUAUGCCCAUCGCCCGGUGAUCGUCCGAGGGUUUCAAUGAAAAGAGCCUACCGUUCCAGCGUUUCAAGCCUACCAAAGGAAGUGUACCCUAUUACCCAAAACAGGAAAAAGACCAGAAAAGAAAGACAUAACAUAACAUACACCCUAUGCAGCCCGAUCCCAACUAGUAUCUCUGAGAACACAUGAUAAUCAUGUUUCUCCGUGUAUUUCUCUGAAUUUGGCCCAUGAUAUCAUAUCUUCUAAUGAAAUCCUUUGUGUGUUCGAGAUUUGGCGUUCUGAUCUGAUCUGAUCUUUUCUAUUAUUUAUUUACUAUGCAUGUCUUCUUAGGUAUCCAUCCCUAUCCUAUUUAUCUAUCAUAUCUAUUUGUUUGUGGCCACGGUUAGAGUUAUGGUCGGUUGCCUUUAUAUUUUCAUCUCGAUUUAAGUUCAACUUUCUUUUUCUUCUCUUUUUUUUGAAAAUCAUUGUCGUCUGUUCACUGCUCUGAACAAUUAUGUCAAAGUAUGUAUACUGGUUGGGGGGAUUGUUAGAUGGAUGGGUGGUUUUAUCUUUUUUUUCCCUUUUCCUUUUCCUCUUUUCUGAAAUGAUUGUCU